AUGGACCUCACCCUCCCUCUCACAUGCCCCGAACUAGCAAACUAUGGCGAAUACUCCUGGUCCAACGCCUCUUUCGCCCUCCACACACUCAUCGAAACCAGCGAAGAGCACAUGCAACAAAUCGCAACAACGCUAGAUAGGGAAUGGUACGAAGGCCAAGGCAACGAAGGCUCUCACCUCGUCCGCGUCGCUCCUUCCCAUAACUUCGGAAACAAAAGCCUUAGCGAUAUCCUCGAGGCUCAUGUAAAGUUGGACAAAGUAGCUCCAGGCCAAAGCGAGUCACAGCAGGGAGCGCCAGAUCUGCAGUGGUAUCCUACUGCCUUCAUUGUGGUGACGGCAGAGGAUCUUGAUGAUAGAGGACUGCUUUUGGUAUUUGUUGAUGACGAAGUUGAGGAGGAUGAUGAGGUUGCGGAGUGUAGGACGGACAAGUUCUUNUUCAAGCAGAAAGACGCGAAUAUCAUGUUGUCGAGCUUGAUCUACGAUGAUGAUACUGCUGCGCGAUCAAAGGACAUUUACGGGUAUUGA